UCAUUAUCUAUUUUUAACUCUCUUUUUCCUCCAUUGAUAUUGCUUUAGAUUCCUCCCAUAGUCUAUCAUUCAACUAAGCAGUUCUUGCGUUAUCUCUUCCUAUUCCUCUCCUCAUUUUGGCUCUUGUCCCUCCUCUUAGCAGCUGCUGGUUUAUUGUUCCCUUAUUCCGGAGUGGAGCCGGUCAGACCAAAGAGGUUCUACCUCCAGCACAGUCACAUUAAUAAUCAUGAAGAACCUGGGGCUUCAUUCUCUGGAAUAUACAUACAUACCUUUGACUAUAGGGAAAUGGUUCCAUUGUUGGAUUAUGUUCCUAAACUAAGAGAAGCCACAGAAGUUCAGUGCAAGGGAGUUUACUGUGGAAUGCCGUCAUACUUUCCGAUAUCUCACAUGCUAAAGAGGAAUUGGUUCCUUCCAGCAGGGCCUCCUCCUGGUGCCUCCUCUAAACUGGUUCUUGAAAGUGUCAAGAAAACCUCAUCAAAUUCAAGAAACUACACCUUUAUUGGACACUUUCCCCCUAAUGCUAGGCUACACCUACAGCCAUUACCAGGUUAUUCUCUUCUCUCCUGGUCUCUUGAGUCAUUCAUUCCUCCAGUGACUCCUUAUGGUGAUGAGGGGUUAGGUUGUUAUUACAUUAUGUACACUAGAGGGAAUGGAGGGGGAGAGACUAAACUGUGGAUUGAAGUGAAGGGUGAUAUUGAUGUGAGUCCAGUGCUGGAAGUGUCCCUAAUAUCAGUGUAUAUCAACCCUCCUUCAUCAACCAGUGAUGAGUUACAGCAGUUAUUAUCAUUAUUACCAUCAUGGGUCUCUACUAUUAGCUGGACUUCAAUAAUGGACAAUAUGACAUUCUGAUAUACUGUUAAUAUACUGUUAAUAUACUGUUAAUACACUGAUAAUAUACUGAUAUACUCUCUGCUUAUAGUGAUUCCUAUAUUAUUUGUAUUUUUGUAUUAUUGAAGUAUUAGAAUUUAGACGGUGAAACAACUUCUGUUGAGUAUAAGCUUUAUCAAUACAUUUUUGUAAAAUAA